UCAACGCGCUAUUUGAGUCCAUGGGUAAGGUUAUCAUGAGCGAUGAAGAAGCACAAGAAAAGGCAGUAGAGGAAGUGCAGGAGAAAAUGAAAGUAUCGGAGGAGGGCAUUAAGGAAUUCUCUGCGGAGGACAUUCGGACCAGUGAUGGUAAAAAACUGGGAUUCAUGGACGUUCUGGUGGGUACAACAUUUAGCACCUACAAAGUUUAUGAGGGAGUCCUCGGUGUCAAAGUUCUUGAGCCAAAAAAGAAUCCUCUGAUAUACACACGGGUGACAAAUUUGCAUGAGCUUCCUGUGGUGCAGGAGUUGCUUCCUCCUCACGACAAGCUAGUUGCAAUUCUGCAGGGUAUUAGGCAGAAUGCACUCAAAUCUUCUAAUUAACUAUUAAGCUAGCAAUCUGGCACUAGGGAAAAAAAUAAAAAAGGAGCCGGUACCGUGUGGGAGCUUUUUCGGCUUGGUGUUUCGAUUAAUAAGCUUGUACUAUUGAUCAUCCAUGGCGGUUGUGGAUUCCAGCAGGCAACGAAUUGGAGUCCAGGGCUGGGGCUUUUAUCAUGGGCAAACCAAUUCUAUGUAUUGCAAAUGAAGGGUUACCUAAGAAGCAGAUCAAUUCUGUAACUUAAAUGGACCUCGCUUAUCAAAUGAUGCUUGCUUUUGGUUUAAGCUUGCCA